AUGUCGACCACCACCCAAACUCGGCCGCCACUAUUCCAGGCGCCCCCAGUCUUCAACAAUGACGGGUCGCUUGUCAUCAAGCGCGUAUUGAUCGCCAACCGCGGCGAGAUCGCGUGUAGGGUCAUCCGAACCUGCAAGCAGCAGAUGAUGACCACCGUCGCUGUCUUUGCUGACGAAGAUGAAAACUCGGUGCAUGUCAAGCUGGCUGACGAGGCCCUGUGUCUUGGCCCAGCCGACCGUCAACCAUAUCAGAAUAUCCAGCGCCUUGUCGAGGUGGCCAAGUCCGCAAAGAUUGACGCCAUCCACCCCGGCUACGGCUAUCUUUCCGAAAAUGCCGACUUUGCGCGUGCUGUGGCCGACGCAGGCAUCAUCUUUAUCGGCCCUACCCCAGAUUCCAUCCUGAGGCUCGGAGACAAGAGAGUGGCAAAAGAAUACCUUGCCAAGCACUCUUCCGUGCCGCUCAUCCCAGGCUAUGGCGGCAUCGAUCAGGAUCCCACCCAUCUCGAAGCCGAGGCCGAUAGGAUAGGCUACCCGGUCCUCAUCAAGGCCAGUGCGGGCGGCGGUGGAAAGGGCAUGCGUGUCGUUCACGAAAAAUCCGAAUUCCAAGAAGCCUUCCUCCGCUGCUCCUCCGAAGCAGAGCGUUCCUUCGGCUCAAGCCACUGCCUCAUCGAAAAGUACAUCGAGAGCGGCAAGCACGUGGAGAUCAACCCCUGGCUCUCGCCCGCCCUGCGGCGCGCCAUGUCCGACGCCGCCGUCGAGAUCGCCGCGCUGCUCAAGUACGUCUCCGCCGGCACCGUCGAGUUCAUCGUCGACACCCGGCAGAAGGCGUUUUACUUCCUCGAGGUCAAUACCCGCAUCCAGGUCGAGCAUCCCAUCACCGAAGAGGUUGUCGGCGUCGACAUCGUCCGCCAGCGCGGGCACUCCAUCGAGGUUCGCCUCUGCGCCGAGAACCCGUUCAACAACUUCCUCCCGUGCACGGGGACGGUCGCGGCCUUCAAGACCGCGACUGAAGUUUUGGGGUGUCUCGGUGCACUUCGACUCCAUGAUUUGCAAAAUCAUCGUCUGGGCCCCGACAGGGUCUCCGCGAUCCAAAAGCUCCACCACGUCCUCAAGAAUACCGUCUGCCUCGGCCUCACCACGAACCAGCUCUUCCUCCAGCGUAUCCUAGCCCACCCCGAAUUCCAGAGCCCGGGCUACACGACGGCCUUCAUCCCCACCUACGAAACCGCUCUUCUGCAACCCGUAGACGUAGACUACGCCACUGGCCCGAUGGCGAUGGCGGCCAUCCUGUACAACCGCCGCCUAGGAAACGCCACCAACGCACUCGGCCCCAAGAUCUUCCGCGGCAUCUUGGGGCAUGACGCGGCCCGCGAGCUCAUGGUCACCCGUGUCGGAUCCGACGAAUUCCAAAUUACACCCGUUCAGUCCGACUUUGCGCUCACGGCCGCUCAAAAGCGUGUCUUGUUCAACAAGCAGGGCGGCGCCCUCACGAGACGUUUUUAUCACGCCACAGCGUCCGAGCCCUCGGCUCGCUUCGAGGCAAAGUUGGUGCCGGCAAGGGAAAAGGAAGCCCCCUCUUCCGUUGCGGCCGAGCUAAACCUGCAGUUGGGAAAUGAGCGUCACAACUUCUACGCCUCCGUUCUGAGUGUGGAUGACUUCAAGCGGGAAAUCUCCGUCUACUCACCACACCUCGGUUUCAGCGCCGGGUACUUCGUUUCUGACGCGCUGAGCUGGGCGGGCAUGUUUGAGCAAGGGAAGCAAGGUGGCGGCUCAUCAGAUGCGCAACGAAAAUAUCUAUCACCCAUGCCCUGCCACAUCCUCCAAGUGCUAGCCAAGGACGGCACUGCUGUCAACAGAGGCGACGGCCUCCUUGUUGUGGAAAGUAUGAAGACAGAGAUACGGAUUAAUGCGGAGGCCCCCGGAGUCCAAGAUGAAGACCGUGCUCUGGCCUCUCGCCCCCAAUCCUUCCACGCCACAGUGGAUGCCAGAUACAUGGAUGCAGCAUACCUCGGCAUUUUCAGGAGAGUCUCAGGGGGCCAAGAGACCACCCCGGCGUCACACGAGAAAGGUCAGGGCCUCUAUCGCAUGCAGCGUGUGCCGGGCCCGAAAAACUCCAUCACCGUCACCCCGCCGCCGUUGGCAACGCCCUCGGCAUCAGCAAGCUCGGCGCCGCUGCUCCCGCGACCUACGCCGAGCACAGAAUCCACCGUCAGUUCGGGCUUGUCCAUCAGCCAAUUGAUUGGACAAGAUCGCAUUCCCGGCCAGCACAUCUCGCGCGUAACGCAGCUGCUUCAAGAGUCAUCCGAGACUAGUCCACCGGCCGCCAGCGACGACUUGAAUCGCAUGGUUAUCGACGAAGCCGAGAAGGAGCAGCCAGCUGCACGAACGGGAUGGAGAAUGUAUCCCUGGAACAAACUCCCCAGCUUCAUUGUGCCCAUCACCACCCCCGUGCCUCGCGCGACGGCAGAUUAUCUCGCCGCCAACGAGGCAUUCGCCUUUCCAGCAAUGCUCCUCGCUGCUAUACCUUUUGUGGACAAGGCAGCCUGCCAAAGUCUAGGAUUCGCCUCCCAUGCAGAGGCCCGAGCCUCCAUAUACAGGCGUACUAAGCUACUCUAUGAUACCGACGUAGUGGACAACGUGUCUUCCAUCGCGCAAGACGCCUGGUAUUGGGCCAACUGCCUCACAUCUUUCGUCGAGAAGACGGAACCCUGGCGCAACAUAGGUUGGACUUCGACAUCAGCCAUGUCGCCUGUACUAUGGUGGUGCUGCCUCGUCCGAGAAGCCCACGUCGCCCUCGUCGUCAGGAGGCCCCCGCGACUAUAUCGUUGGCACAAGCAAAUCCCUCUCAGCACGUUACAGGAAGACCCGACCAUCAUCGGGGACAAGACAUCCGGCGGCGACCCCUUGCUGCGAAUGAGGGCGGCGUCGUGUCUCACGUUAACGGCGAGGCUUGUGACUAUCGUCGCCCAGAUCCUGCACACCGAUUUUGCCGAUAUCCCGAGCAAUUCGGACAACAAGAGCGCCAUUUUCGAGUCCUACCGGUCGAAAUUCGAGACCGGUCCUUUCUUCACCGUCUCCCUCUUGAUGCACGACACGGCCAUCAACGCUCUCUACUUGCCGAGGGUACUCGAGUCCCGUCAGCCCCAUAGCGCGUUGGCCUACAAGAUUCCGCAGUAUAGAGAGCGCAUGAGAAGAGCAGCGAUCCGCACCGUCGUCCUCAUAACGGAAGCCUUUGAUUUCACCGCCGUCAUCUCCGCACUCCCCGUCCACAUGAUUGGCGUCAACUCGAAGAACAGAGAAAUCUCCAUGACGAGCCGGCGCUGCAUCGGCACCUGCGUCCGGUUCCUGCACCGCGUACAAUCCACCUACGGCAUGGCCCGCCACCUCCAGCAGGACGUCCUCAGCACCUUGUCGCGCAUGAAGGUCGCGCCGCGCAUACCGGGCGCUAGCGGUGCCGCCGGCGGUGCCAGCUCCGGCAGCGCCGCCGAGCCGAGCUCUUCCUCGGAGGGCUUUGCUGGCUACACGCUGCUGGGAUUCCGCGCGGGGCCCCGCGGGCCGCGGGCCGCUGACCCUACUUUAGGUGAGCACACCGACGGUCUCUCCGAGGCCUCUCUUGGCAAGCGGCUCCUGUACGAAGGCGGACACGCUGGCCUAGACGACGCGUGGUCCUCCUGCGGCAUGGACCUGCUGAGCGUGGAAGAUUUGGCCGAGAUGACGCAGGGUUUACAGGGCUGGUUUGACGAUAUAGGUGCAGCGACGCAGCAGUUGUCGCCCAUGUCAUCGUAA